AUGUUUGGUUAGGAAUUUUUUAUAAAAUUUUGGAAGCAAAAUUUUAAACUUUUGAGUGAAAGUUAUCAAAUUUUAAUAAAUUUUUUCAACAUGAAUAAAAUUUGUAUUCGACUUCUAUCUGUGGUCAUUAAACCUGGCUUUCAAAAUGCAUAUAAUUCAAGCAAUGUUGUUGCUCGAAACUUUUCAUUUAGAAGUGAUUUAUCAUUGGAAACUUUGUAUCCAAAAAGCAAACUUGCAUUGUUUACUCCAACAGCGCCUUUAUCAACAGGAGAUAAAUUCUCUGGUUAUAUCCCAAUUAAUGAAUUAGACAUAACUUAUAGCCGGAGUUCAGGUCCUGGCGGUCAGCACGUGAAUUGCGUAAACACCAAAGUUGAUUUGAGAUUUAAGUUGGCUUCGGCAACUUGGAUACCAGAAAAGACUAAACAGAAAUUAUUAGUUGAGUUAAAAAAUAAGCUCAGCAAAGAUGGUUAUUUUGUCAUAAAAAGCGAUUUAACGCGUUCACAACAAAUGAAUUUAGCAGAUGCAUUAGAAAAACUUCGCAAUAUAAUUCGAAAAUAUGAAAUUGAUACUCCUCGUCCAACAGAUGAAACAUUAGAAAAAAUUCGCAGAAGGAAAGAGAGGGCUGCACGAGAAAGACUUUUCAUCAAGCGUCAGAGGUCACAGACAAAACAAGAUCGUCAAGGACCAAAUGUUGAUUUUUAAAAUGUUAAAAUGUUGUUAAAAAAAAUAAAAAUUCUUCAUGAAAACAAA